ACAACCCCUGCUUUUAACUCUGAUGCGUGGGUUUCUUGAGCAGGAGGAAAACUCGAAAAGUAUAUAUUUAGUACGCGGAGUCUCUUGCGAAGGCCACAUCGUGGAGUUUGGUAAUCUCGGCUUAAUCAGAAAAUGAACUCGAUUGAUUCAACUCCUGCACACCAAUGUUUAGCGAAUUCUGAAUUUGGAUCUGAAAGAACACUAUAUCCAUAUGUCACUGGUACAUCGGUUAUAGGUAUCAAAUACAAAGAUGGAAUUCUCAUGGCUGCUGAUAUGGGAGGUUCCUAUGGAUCCACUUUGCGUUACAAGAGUGUGGAGCGAUUAAAACCAAUUGGAAAACAUUCCCUUUUUGGUGCAAGUGGAGAAAUAAGCGAUUUCCAGGAGAUUUUACGUUUUCUUGAUGAACUUAUUUUAAAUGACAAUAUGUGGGAUGAUGGGAACUCUUUGGGGCCCAAAGAGGUUCACAACUAUUUAACCCGGUUGAUGUAUAAUCGGCGGAAUAAAUUCAAUCCUCUGUGGAACUCACUUGUUCUGGGUGGAGUAAAAAAUGGACAGAAGUAUCUUGGAAUGGUCAGUAUGAUUGGUGUUCAUUUUGAGGACAAUCAUAUAGCCACUGGAUUUGGGAAUCACCUUGCACGGCCAAUCCUUCGCGAGGAGUGGCAUGAGAACAUCAGUUUUGAAGAUGGUGUUAAGCUACUGGAGAAAUGCAUGCGUGUACUUUUAUACCGUGAUCGGUCAGCUGUCAACAAGCUUCAGAUUGCAAGGAUCACAGAAGCAGGAGUAGUCAUGUAUCAGCCUUACUCAUUGAAGACUUUCUGGGGAUUCUCUGCUUUUGAGAAUCCAACAAAGGGUGCUGAAGGAUCAUGGUAGCCAGCUUCUAGUAUUGUUUCCUGACAUUUUUUUUAUUCCCAGAUGCAUAUUGCAGAAACCCAAUGGAACUUGUAUUGAAAAUUGCA